AUGAAGGAAUAUUUGGCUCGAUUAGAAAUUAAGCAAGAUCUUAAAGGCAAGGUACUGAAUACGGUUUGGUAUAAUAAACCGUAUUAUUCUUACAGAGGCAUCCCAUUUGCUAAACCUCCAAUUGGUGAACUUCGGUUUAAGGCACCAGAACCGAUAGAAAAAUGGACAGAACCAUUUAAAGCAUAUGAAUAUGGAAUUUGGUGCUCCCAACCCGCGAAAGCGGAUAAAGAAACAAGCGAAGAUUGCCUGACACUGAAUGUGUUUGUGCCAAUUCUUAAGCAAAAAGAAAAAUUGCCAGUAUUGUUCCUGAUUCCAGGCGGAAAUUUUGCCACUGGAUCUGGUAGCGAUUUCAUGUAUGGGGCGGAUUUUAUGAUCGAUCAUCAAGUUAUUUUGGUUACAACAAAUUAUCGAAUGAAUAUAUUUGGUUUCAUGUCUUUGGGAACACCAGAAUACUCCGGAAAUAUGGGAAUUAAAGAUCAACAGCUUGCCAUGAAAUGGACCUAUGAAAAUAUUGAGGCAUUU